GCUCUAGCUUUUCCUCCUUUCAAUAAUUUCUCCAUUAUAAUUCUUUCCUUUUGAUGUCUCCCAAAACCCCUUUAUUCUCUGGCUUCGAUACCACCUAUUCCUUUUUGCACAUUCAACCCCAAGAAAACCAUUUUCCCUCCAACUAAGCAAGGGAAAGAAGAUGAUGGUCGAUGGCAAGGAAAUUGUUGAGUUUGAUUACCAAGAACUUGUAAAGGCAACAGAAGGUUUCUCGCCGUCAAGACUCAUCGGAAAAGGCAGUCAUGGCACGGUAUAUAAGGGCAUCCUUCAGGAUAAUAAGCUCGUCGCCAUAAAGAGAACAUCCAUCAAUGGUGUUGAUCAGGCUCAUAACGACAACUUAAAGAAGCUUGAAAACGAGAUUUCUGUGUUGUCAUCUUUACCUGAAAGUUCUCAUAUCGUUAAAUUUCUUGGAGCAAGUCAUGAUUUGGGUGAGAGGCAAAACAGGGUAUUGGUAAUGGAGUUCUUGCCAAACGGGUCCCUGUAUGAGUUGCUUCAUGUCGCCGCCACUCCUCCGCCGUGGCCUAAACGGUUGGAGGUGGCUCUGCAGGUUGCGCGGGCGGUUAAGUUCCUUCACGAAAGGAAUCCUCCGGUGAUCCACAGAGACAUCAAACCCGCAAAUAUUCUGUUCGAUUCGAAUUGGGACGUAAAGUUAGCCGAUUUUGGACUUGCAGUCUCGCCGGGACCCGACCCGUUUCUGCCGGCAGGGACAGUCGGGUAUUUGGAUCCGUUGUACAUUACACCGGAGAAAUUAAGCACCAACACCGACGUGUAUAGUUGCGGCGUGGUUUUGCUAGAGAUUAUAAGCGGGAGAAAGGCAAUCGAUAUUACAAAGGCGCCGGCACCGGUGGUUGAAUGGGCGAUUCCGUUGAUUGAAAAACAGAGGAUAGUGGAAAUCUGUGACCCCAGAACUCCAUUACCGGCGGACAUGCUGAGCACCGUAAGGCGAUUGUUAUCUAUGGCGGCACGUUGUCUGUCGUCCGACGAAACCCUCCGACCUUCAAUUUUAGAAAUUGUCACGGCAAUUGAGAACAGUUCCAUAGAACCAGUCAGAAACUCUGUUUUCUCGAGUUUCUUACAGAGCAUGAUUUUCAUCAGACCGUGGCAGAAGGAGGUCCCACGGUGCAGGGCAUCUUGUGCCCAAAAGGGAGACAUUACCGGUGAUGCGUCGAGAGGGAAGGUGAUAAUAAAGGAGGUGUUAGCAGAUAUGCUACCCUGAACUGAGUUGGAUAACGAGUUCGGAUCUGGCCGAGUCACGGGACGAUUCAGGCUGGUCAAAGGGUAGGUUGUCAGAGUCAAUAUAAUAUAAAACUACAAAUGGGGUAUAGUGUAACCUGCAACGCAUGAACUACAAACAGAAGAUUCCGAUGAAGUUCGGUGGGUAGGGAAUGCAACAAAGUUGUAUGAUGUUGAUGCGUACUUGCUUUUAUAUUUCUUUAUUUUAUGAUUGGGUUUCUUCGCAUUUUAGUCCCCCCUUUGAGCUCUAAUUUGUUGUCUUCCUUAAACUUCUAUGUCAUUAUACGUUUUAGUCUUUAUAUUUGUAAUACCUAUGCAAUUGCCUUCUCUCUCGGUCAAAGAAUUGGAAAUAUGUGUAUUUUGUAUAGAGAGGAAAUUUUUGUUUCACUAAACCCACCCAACCUUA